CCACUGGCCCACUGCCUAGCUGCCUACUUAUCCGUCCGCGUGCACGCGUGGUUUGUCAGACGCGCUGCACGUGAUGCGAUGACGGCAGCAAAUAGGGUGCACGUGGCUGGGACCAAGCUCGAUCGCGCUGAGCGCGUCUACUUUCUCGAAAGAUUGUCAACAAAGCCACUCAGACAAGCCACCGCGCUACUCCCGACAUCUCCACACCUCUAGCCUUCCACGGCUCUGCCCUCGGGGUCGCUUACAGGCCGGUACAUCCAUCGCCGAGCUCUUUACACCCAGUCUUGAUUCCCCGAUACCCGACGUGUUCGUGAACUCGCGGUCACGCUGGCCGCAGAUGCGGGCACUGCGGGCACACACGACCAUCGACAGGUCUUAAAGAAGGCGCGCCAGCCAGGGCGAUCUCAGAGGUUGAUGUCGGCCGUCAUUCCCAAGCAGGCGCCCGCCCCGGACGACACGGCGGGCAUUGUAGGCGGCGAGGAAGGCUGGGAGAGCAGUCUAGAGCGCGAUGUUGCGCUUGCGAUCAACGCCAAGAUGCAGCAGCGUCUCGAAUCUCUCGACACCGAGAACAGCAGGCUUGCUGCCCGCGUCGCCGAACUAGAACUGAUGACCGCCGCGUUGCCCGAGGUAGGGUAUCCCCCGCUGGACUUCAAAUUGCAGCCAUUUAAGCCACUUGGCUAUUCGCAGGCGCCAACAUCGUGUGCCCGCGAGGACAUCUCUGCCUCUUGUACUCCUGUUGAAGGCGUCGCUGAUCGAUUCGACGCUGCCCCAUGCGCUGCCCAUGCAUGCCUCGCGAACCAUAUCCGGGACGUGCAACGCGACGUAUCUCAGAUCAACCUUGGUAUCCUGGCUGCCGCGGCAAUCAGUCUCUCGACUUCGCAGACUCCCCAGCUGCCAGCGGCCUUGCCGACCAAGGCAUCUCCCAACGUGGCCGCAGCAUCUAGCCUCUUGGCUGCCAAGACUUCUCAGCUGCCAGCGGCCUUGCAGACCAGUGGCUCUCUCAACGUGAACAGCUCGCGUACCGUCAACAGUUCAGCACAUCUCAAUGCCUCGUCUAAAGCCACCAACAUGCCUGCUUUCAAAAACUCGCGCAUGGGCAACUGUUCGCCUCACACAAAGGUCUCGUCCAAUGGCGCCGGCAUGCCCGCCAUGAAAAACUCCGGCAUUAUCGCAUAUUGCCCGCGCGUUGUCAACAGCUCGUCCACUGUGAAAAGCUCGUCCGCCGUCAACAGCUCGUCCAUUGGAAAAAACUCGUCUGCCGUCAACAACUCGUCUGCCGUCAACAACUCGUCUGCCGUCAACAGCUCGUCUGCCGUCAACAGCUCGUCCGUUGUCAACAGACCGCUCAACGUGAAAAGUUCGUCUACUUUCAGCAGCUCGUCUAAUCUCCACACUGCGUCCAGCAUGAAGAUCUCGAACAUGGUCACCAGCUCGCGUAUCGCAGUGCGCUCGUCUGCUACCGACAGUUCAAGCAUCGUCAACGGCUCGCUUAAUGCCAACAGCAACAGCUCGUUUGAUGCCAGCAUCCCUCACACUUCCAGAAGCCCACGCAUGGUCAGCGACCUCCACAACGUCAAACGCAACAGCUCGUCCAAUGUCAGCAUCUCGCAUCCUCCAAAGAGGGCGCGCACUGAUAGCGGUACGACCCAUGUCGGCGGCUGGCCUACAGUCAAUGGCUCGUGCAUUGGUAACGGCGCGUUCACUACCAACAGCACAUCCAUUGCCAACGGCAAGUCCACGGCCAACGGAGCGUCUGCUGCCAGUCACACAACCCCUGUCGACGGCUCGCCUGCUUUCAAGGGCCCUCAUUAUGUUCACAGGCUACCUCUCAUCGCCGGCUCGCGCACGGUCGAGAGCUCGUCCCUGGUCGAAACCCGGCCUCAUGUCAAGCGCUCACGAGAUUCACAAGCUGCGACCUCGCCAGUUGUCGGAGGACACUCCACUCAGGCAACGCGCGACUUAUUGGCUUCUUUGGCGUCACAGCUGGCCGCGCAGUCUCAUCAAUCCGCCUCGCCCGCAAGUGUGCGCAAGCUCGACACAUGGCGCCCCAACUGGAUCGGGCAGCGAUCGCCCCCUGUUGUAUGUGCGCCGGAAUCUUCAAUCUCUGCUGCUUCGUUCUCGCCUCCGCGCAAGCGACUUUCCAGCGAACGCCGUUACUCGCCCAGUGUGCCUGUUGCACCAGAAGAUCCAUUCAGUCGCGGGUCUCGACCUGAAUCUAACAAGCACACGGAUAUUGGCUCGUUAAUUGCCCCACGCUCCGCGCUCCCGGCUACCCCGGACUUGUCACUCCCAUCUCGCCCACCAGCCCCUACCAUGCCAGAUCGAGGGCCGGGCCCGAGACACCGGUCGCGUCCAAAGGGACCGCCAGCAUUCGGCGCCGAUCCGAGCAAACGCGAGCGGAUAUAUGCGUUGCCGCCAAAUGUGGCAGCAAGGGACGCCCGUGAUGUUCGCGAGCGCGUGCAUGGGAAGGCGCUCCUUGCUCAGGAUAGGCGCGACUCUAAUUCGCAGGAACGAAAUGCCAAGGGGUGUGCUGAGUAUCGUAGGCAAAGAGACCACCGUGUCGACGGCGAACGCACCAAAAUGCCCAGGCAUGGUACAUAUGGCGGUGGGUGGCACCUGAACCCUGGCAAUGGAGGACAGCGUUAGAGUGCAAGCGUGGGGGAGGUCUGUUGUACAUGAGUAGUGGUAAAAUAUGUGAUGUAGGAGUAGGUGCAGAC